AUGGGCUAUGACCAAGCCAUGUUUGGCUUCUCUCCUUACGGGCCAUACUGGCGUGAUGUAAGGAAGCUGACCUCAGUUGAGCUCCUCUCAAACCGCCAGCUCGAGUUACUCAACCAUGUCCGGGACUCAGAAGCCUCUCUUGGCCUAGAUGAAGGAGAAGUGUUGGCACCUGGCAGCAAAUGUAAUGGUGAGCGCGGUAGCUGGGAAAUUUUGAGCACCGUUACAAAUGACUAUGAGUCAAGACGGUGCCAGAAGGCCCUUGGCGAUUUGUUAUAUCUUUCGGGGAUAUUUAUUGUUUCUGAUGCAAUCCCCUUCCUUGGCUGGUUGGACACUGUGAGAGGAUAUACUGCAGAAAUGAAGAGAACAGUUAGGGAGGUGGAUCAGGUGCUGGGAAGCUGGGUGGAGGAGCAUCGCCGGAAGAGGUUCUCUGGAAGCAUGAACGAGGCUGAGCAAGACUUCAACCAUGUCAUGCUGUCUGUUAUUGAGGAUGGUCAGUUCUCUGAUCAUGACCAUGACACUGUCAUUAAGGAUACUUGCUUGACUCUUAUAAUAGGCGGCUCUGAUUCUACUGUGAUCACACUGACCUGGGCCCUCUCUCUGCUAAUGAACAAUCCCAGCACUCUAAAAAGAGCACAAGAUGAGUUAGACAUCAAAGUGGGAAAGCAUCGCCAAGUGGAUGAGUCAGACAUAAAGAACCUAGUCUACUUGCAAUCCAUCAUCAAGGAAACCUUAAUUACGACUGUACCCUGCUGCACCGCUUUCAGUGCCACGUGA